AUGGAGAACAUGCUGUACGCGGAGGAGCUCCUGAGGGAGUUCCUCGUCUUCAGGGGGUUCACGGGAACCCUGCAGGCCUUCGAAGCCGAGCUGGCCACGGACAUCGGCCAGGGCUUCCAGGUGGACAAGCUGCUCGAACUGGUUUUCUCGGCGUACGUCCCUAAAUUCCAGGCAGACAAGCUCGUCAGCCUGCUGUCUUUCUUCAGGCACCGCCUCUCUUCGUCCUCAGACGCGGUGCUGGCGGCAUCACUGGGUAAGCUAGAGGUCUCUAUUCUGCGGUACUACAUUGUCUACGCUUUACAAUCUGGACGGCCAGACAAGGUAAUCGCGUUCUUCGGCGCACACGGAAACAAUUUGCUGCAUAGGCGCGAGGAUUGGACUCCGUGGUUCGGUGGGUAUCUUUACCUCUUCUUCGAUUUCUUUUUUCUUCUCCAUUGGCGUUCUCUUAUACGAUCACGGAUCUUGGCAGCAAUUCCCUAUAUUAAGAACCCAAGCUUGGAUCCUCAGUUUCGAGUUUACUUUUCCAGGGAGUGGUUGGAUGCGUUGCGCCUUUCAUUCAGGAAUUUCCUGAGUGAGAUAUUCAAUGGUGUCAAUAUCCCCCAAUGUGGAAUUCAUUUUACUUAUAGAAUUAUUUUCAUUUGAUGUUUUUUUUUCUUAGGAAGUUUGAUAUAUACUACUCUCGCUGAUUUGUUGUUGUCCGAUAUCCUGCCCUUCAGCAUGCAGUUUCUGUUUUGCUAGUGACUAUUUUGACAACUAGUUGACCUUGAUCUGUAGGUUGCUAAAGACAGUUAUGCCCUAGUAUUCAGUUCAGAUUAUAUUGCAGUCACUCAUUGACAUUUUUCUAAUAUCAUCCGCUUAAACUUAUCUGUUUGAAAUCCUCCUGCAAGAAUUUCAUCUUUCCAUCUCCUUUAAUCAUAGUCUUUCCUAUGAUUUUACUUGAGGAAGUAAUCCUUAGCUAGUUCACGGAUCCCUGCGCUGUUAAAAAUCAGCACAGAAAAGAAUACAGUCAAGUACCUUAAGAAUGACAUCAAGCAACUGAAUACUAAAUUGUCACAACUUCAGGCCUUGUUAGAGGCAAAGGAGGCUGAGCUGUCCCAGAUUAGGAGGUAAGCAUUCUUUAAGCUGCUCUAUUGAACUUGUAGUAUUUGGAUUGAUUUCUUCUCUCUACUUAGGAUUGAUUUCAUUUGUAAUAUAUCAUGCAAACGAUUCCUCAUGCCCGAGGGAUGUAACUCUUGCAUUUUUUUAUAUCUCUAGUUUUAUGCAAAUAAUAAAAUUCAUACCUGUGAUUUCGAAAUAUUUUAAAAUUCUUUCCUGUGUUUUCUAUUAAAUGCUAGUUACAGAUGAAAGGAGCGUACUUCCUGUUUCUUUCAAUAUAAUUCUUAUGUAACAAAACUGAAACUCGUGUUUUCCACAUUUCUAUUUUACAAAUAGUCCAUUAUAUCUUUUGCAAUCAAGAUUUCAAUUUCUGAAUUUCAUUGACACCAUAUUUCCAUUCAGUGUAGUUCCACCAGUUUGCGAAAAUUCCAUGUUUCCAGAGGACAGCUCUGCCAAAAGCUGUUCAAAAGGGAUGUUCCCAGGAGAUCGAGUUGAAAGUAGUUGCAAUGUCUCAAUUGACUUGGUUUCCAACUUGCAUGAAAUGGUUAUAGGAGAAGGUGUGUGCUAUGUUCCAUCUUCCAACAGUGGUUUGUUGGUAUCUGUUUUAAUUGAACAAGGGCAUGAUUCAAGUUCACAAUGGAAUAUUCAUCCUAGAUAUAAAGAUGAUAAGAAUGCUAGGUUUCUGCUUCAGGCAGGUUAAAAAAAAUUCUUAUGCUUACCUUUUUUAUCCAUUUUCCUACUUACCUUUUCUAGCAUUUUCCUACAUAAUCUAGUAUUUCUUUGAUAUAGGCUCCAAAGCGUUAUGUGUUCAUCAGAAAGGUAAUAGCUUCUGUUAUGCGUUUCUAAAGAAUAAUCUGAAAUUUCGUUUCAAAAUGCACGUGUUCAAGAAGAUACGGUUUGUUCAGAGAUGGGAUCUCUAUGAGAUGAUUUUUUCUUCAAUCUACUGUUUUAAUUUUUCUGGAUGUAAGCUUAUUUUCUUCACCUAAACUUCCUUUUAUACCGGGCACUAAGCCUUUUCUUUUCGUAAAAUUGCUCGCAUUUUAUUUAUGUUUUCCCUCCAUUCUUUUUCGGUAUAUUUACCUACUUUCUUCUCCUUGUCUUGCCUUGUUUUACCUUUUUUUUUUCACGUAGAAAAGAGUAAAGUACCCUUCCUGGACUCCUUUUGACAUAUUCCUUUCGAACGAUUUUAAAUCUCAAAAUGUUUGCUGUGUUUCUGAUGAUGUACCUUCCCUUGGGACAAUUCUUUCCUUUCACUUUCUCUUCUUUGCAUAUGAUCAUUCUCUGUUAUUUUUACCUCUUCACCUCGUGGAUAAAAGACGAUGUUUUUCUUCUUAGCAUUCCUUCAGUAAAGUGCUUAUUCUUUUUCAUUAUAAUAUGGUAGCAAUAGUCCCGUAUACUGUUAAUGGUCUCAUUGAUUCACUGUACCUCCAAGUGGUGGUGGCUAACUGCAUUAUUUAUUUAUUAAUUUAGAAUACAAAAUCCUAUAGGUUAUUGGUAGAGAUAAACUAGUCUUCUCAAGAAAAACUCAGAAAAAGAACAUUGGUUUUUUGCAUUUCGCAGUUAAGGUAACUUUAUUGUACUUUCUAUGUUGUGGAAGUACUACUUGAUAUGUGCGUUUACAUGUCUCGAUGGAGUGAUUUUUUCCCAUCUGCUUGCAUUUCACAUUAUAAACUAAUUAGAUUCUGUAUAUAUAUUUAAUUCUCAGGCAAUGUUUCCAUGCACUGCAUUUCUCACAUUCCAAUCAAGAUUGACUGGCCCUACAUUGUAUCAAGGCUUGGAAAGUUGAAAAGCCAAGUUACAUUUUACUGAUUGAGAUGCAUUGCACAAUUCAAAUAAAAGUUUGUAUUUUUUCCAGUAUGGUAUUGUUCUCAUGAGUGCUGAACACUGAUUGAUUCUUUAUGCUUUUAACAGGGGAGGAGGGGAACUUAGUGAAAGAGGAAGAGUUCCCCGAAGUUAAAGUAGAUUUUCAGGCAAGCUUUACAUAAUGUCAAUAUUUUAUGCAUCUUUUCCAAUUAAGCCACUAAAUUUGCCAAAGGAAUUAAUUUGGAAUCAUUUUUUUGUUUAAACUGUCUGUGCAUUAAUUUACAGGAAACAUUUUUAGGCCAUACAAGUCCAAUUACUAGGUGUCGUUUUUCUGCUGCUGGGGCUAAUAUUGCUAGUGCUUCUGUUGAUGGCACCGUAAGGUAUUCGCACAAGACGAUUUUCUUCCCUCUGGGUGGGUUAAUUAAUUUUAUUUAGUUUUUAUCUCUCUCCUCUGAUUGAUAGUCAUCAUUGAUUUUAUGCUUGGACAAAGAAUUUGGACAUACAACUCCUCAACCCCAACAUCUAGAAAUGCAACUAUAUACUGCGGAGCUGAGAUAAUGUCACUUGAUUGGGAAUGUAGAUCUGACCGUUUGGUAUGAGAAAUCUUGUCAAUCGGCUAAAAUGUCAUCUUUAAGUGUGCUGGUUUCAAUGUAGGGUUUAAUAUUCAUUGUUUUCUUUCCUUCUUUUUCCCAACAGCUGCUCAUAGGUACAGCGGGUGGGGGAAUCAAAGCUUGGAAUGUUGACGCUAAAAGAGUAGUUUGUGACCUCAGCACAACUUCAGAUUAUCCUAGGUUGAUACAGAUAUUUCUCAUUCUGAUAUAUGUGAUCCCACUAGUUAACUAAACCUUUAUACUAUUUUCAGUGUGAUGGACUUGAAGUGUAGUCCAGUGGAACCAAUUUUUGUCUCUGCAGCUGCAUCUGGAAGGUAAUUAUUCAUUUUUGUUAAUAUAGUCAGAAAAAAAUGGACCAUUCAUAAUUGUCAAAUUAAAUUAAUUUUCCUUCAUGACACAUGAAAUUAUCUUUGACAUCCCAUAUUAAUUUUUUGUCAUGCGAUUUUGGUGAAAGCUAAAUGAUGAAUAUAAAUGCGGUCAAAAACUUCAUAUUAUGGUCAAAGAUUUAUUGGUUCAUCGCGUUGGACAUACUUUAGCCAACAUUGUGAACAUUGCUUUUAAACUUCAGUUAUAUACGUCUUCAUUCUAAAUGGUUUCUUCAUUCAAAUCAAACCACGAUAUUUUGUCUUAAAAAAAGAUUUUUUAAAUAACCAUGUGAAUAAUUAAAGAGCCUUUCCAGUAUUUAAUAUCGGCCCCAUGUACCCCUCCACCUCCGUCUUAUGCAUUCAGAAAAGUAUGCUAUCAGCUUGUAUUUGAUGUGCUAAACUAUAAUCGUGCAAGUUAAUGGCCAUUGAAUACACGUAAAAGAUGCUACCCGCCAUUGAUCAUUUUUCAAUAACUUGACUGCACUUGAUUGUUUCACGGUAUAUUAAAUGAACAAAAUCCACUUUUGGAUUACCUGUUUCCUUACAUAAUGUUCAUCUACCACUUUUUAAGCGCUACAACACACAGAACGCAGCUGAAAACUUCCUGCUGUAUAGCAUAAGAUGGUCUUCUGUGGUAAAAAAAUAGCUUAAAUCCUCGAAAUAUAUUUCGUUCUUUUUAGUUUCUUUAUCUCUCCAUAUUCUCCAGCUAUCACAUACCCAAAAUAAAACAGUGCUGAAUUUAAUAAUCUCAGAAUGGCAAUGUUUUCCUUGUACGCAGGUAUGGGUUGGGUCAAGUGGAUGAAAUGGGAUUUGCUUCAUUGAUCGUUUGGAACAUGAAAACAUGGAAGCCCACGGUAUGCAUAUAUGAACCAUUUUGUCUUCACUGUAGAUAACUGUGUUGAAAUAUUUGAUGUUUGGUGAAGUCAGUUCUCCCUCUUGGAAAAGACCCUCCAGCAAUAACAUCUUUGUGCUUCAACCACAACGGGAAGAUCUUAGCAGCGUCAGCAGCUGAUGGAAUGAUUCAUAUGUUUGGUAUCCUUUUUCAUCUUCAUAUAUUCCAGAUAAUUGGUCAAUUUACAUCCACUAAAAUCUAACUGUUUAUGGUUACUGUCAUAUAUCUGUGUACAUUUUAUUACUGGUUUAUGAACAUUCAUCACGCAUCUGAUUGUAAAAUUCCUGUUUUCAUCUUUCAUCUUUCAUGAAAGUCCAUUCUGAUGAGUUGCUGAUUCAUUAAGCUUUGUAUACUUAAUUUUAAACUUCACCCGAAAUUUGCUAAUCAAAGUCCCUUGAAGUAAAUUACAAAGAUGGCACAGCUGUCUUUAAGUCACGAGUUCAAAGUUGGGUGCAAGUAGUGAAGUAAAGAAUAAGACCAGUAUUUUGCUUCAUAUUUCACAGAGUUUUCUCAUGCUACGUGCCCAGUCAGAAGCUAGCCAUGUUCACAAAUCUGCCAGACAACCCUUUCGCCUCAAAUGCCUGGUGCUUCAUCCUGGAAACCUUACAUGGAGAUUCUUGCCCAGGCCCUCAGUUGUUCUCUUGAUUCAUUGGUGGCAUGGUAUACCAAACUUCAGCUAGAGUAGCUAUUCUAGGCUUUCUGUCUCAUUAUUUUUUAUGAUUGUCCUAAAUUUAUCUCAUUGUUCGUCUUGCGCAGCAGAUUGAGUAGACUUCCUCCUGGCCUCUUCUGAGAUAGUUAGCGAUUGCCUUCCUGAUUGGUUAAUAACCAAAGCUUUAUUCUAUUUUGUUUCCUUCUAGUCCUGGCCCUUUAUUAGUUCUUAGUUUCACUCUUCCUUUUCAUUAUUUCUGUGCUAUUUCUCUUGGCCUAGUAUCAACUGACUUCCAAUUACUCUAGAGCUCAAACAGCAUUAACCAUCCUUUGCACUGACAGCGACCAAAUUCUUUUUAUAUCAUUUCCUCUUAUCGGUUAUUAUUUCCUUCUUAUUGAUGGCGUACUAUUUCUUCAUCCUCGUCGUCUGAUCUUUCUUUCUCCUUUUCCCUUUCCCUAUGUUCUCAUACUUUCAAGGAAUUGAACACUCCUUUGCAUCACUAAUGAGAAGCAUACUGAACCGUUCCGCCAAAUCUUCUGUGGGAUCCUGACCUUCUUUAGCCCAUUUUGACUCUAUUGCCAAAUAUUUGACACCUUCAAUAAAUUGGCUUCUCAUUUAAAAGUUAUCGACAAGGAGUAAUUUGACGGAAUGUGCCUAAACUUGUUUUGACGAAAAUAAUUGUUUCUUAUUCAAACUGUUUGCAUAGGUAGGAAGCUCUCAGACGCAAAAGUUUAUUUCCAACGAAAGGUAACAAUCUCUCAAACUUGUUUACUGGACCUCGUUGGUUUUUAAACGGCCUGGCCUGGCCCUGCCUCGGAGAAAACCUAAGGGAGCAGGUUCCAGGCCGGAACCGACAAAUCUUGUGGAGGGAGAAUCUAACUGGGAGAUGCUGGGAGCAGCCAUAGAGUGAGAAGAAGGUUGGGGGUGUUUAUCCGGAUGAGGAAUACGUGGAAAGAUGGCUUAGGUUCCUGGUUUUGGAUGGCUCUGGACUUCUGAGCAGCAACCCGUCCAAACCUGUACUAUCUCAGAUAUGAUCCAGGCUAAGUAUGGACCCAUUUGAACCUUGGACUGGCUACUGUACAUCCCGAGCUAGGCCUAAAAUUCUGCAGGUGCCUGACUUUGUGGCCAGUUUCACAAAAAGCUGGGUCAAGCUUACCCCCACUACCAUCCAGAUUCAUUGUGUUCAAAUUUUAUUUUAUUUUUUUGGAUUAUCUGAAUCUUGAAAAGUGUAAUAUUCAUUCGUUCCUGUUAUGCAGAGUGAUCUUUUGGUUAUUCUUUUGAUAUUCACCCAUCACAAGGUUAUUUUCUUAAUCAACCUCUUAGAUAUGUCAGCCAACCUACAGAUCACAGGGUGGCCUGCUCACGACUCAGCUAUAUGCUCUGUGCUAUUUGGACCAGAUGAGACCAGCAUAUUCAGUCUGGGUUCUGAUGGAAAGGUAAGUGAUUUAUUUGAUAGGCGUAUUUUUUUUGGAGAGAUCACUGCUCUAACUUCUUGCUGAGACAUUCCUUUCGAUUAGAGUUUCUGAUGAUAUCAAACUGUUAGACAGCGAGGUCCAAAAGAAUGCUAUUUAUUUACUCAGGAUUAUUACAAUUUUUUUUCUGUACUCUCUUUUCAUUGUCAUUUUUCUUAACAGAAAGAACGCUGAUUUCAAGUUCAGAUCAUCUGUAUCAAUUUUGAUGCUGCAGACCAGCCUCCCUGAAAUUCCAGUAACCAUGGGAGUUAGAAUAAAUAGAAAUUGGAUAUUUUUUCAUCUUUUUUAUUAAACUGGGUCCGCUGGUCUUUUGAUUGGUGUAGAUCACCAUAAAAGCUUAAAAAAUGUCUCCAUGGAUUUCAUGCAUUCAUGCCCUCGUCAUUCGGACAUCUUAGAAUAAACAAGACAACAUGGCUUCAUCCCAUGAAGUUCAUCUGCACUCAAUUAGAAAUCCCAUUGGCACGUAAAGGGAAAAAAAAUAAUAAUAAUAAAAUUGCGCUAUUUUGUGAUCAACCGUUUUCAACAACUGCCUUGUUUUUUAUGUUGAGUAUCCUCGUUCUUUCCUUUCAUCUCCUGUUAUAACUAGUUACAUAAUCCUCCUCACUCUUAUGCUCACAUCCUCUUUUAGAUGUUCGAAUGGAGCUUGCAAAACCAAGGCCAAGUUCUCUGGUCAAGAGAUUGCAGCAGGUGAUGCGUCUCUCCUCCCGACAGCACUCUAAUGGGAAAACCCAGAAGUAAAAACCCACAUCCCGCUCCUUGAAUACGCAGGUUCUGCCAUCUUGGAAGCUCCACAAUGAGCAGGCAUGAGAUAGGAUUGGAUUCUGAUGGGAGGAGACUGUUGGUCACAUCCAAUUCGGUUAGAUCCCCGAUAUACCAGGUGGGCAUUCUCCUACUGACAUCUCUUCCUGCUCUUCUUUCUUGAUCUUGGCGCUGGCAAGAGGAUCCCAUUGCAUCUACCUAUUGGUCAGCUUCAGGGCCACAGGAGCGGAUUGAGGACCCUUCCUCACACUUCUGCUAUCACAACGGUGGAUUGGCAUCCGACUCUCCCCAUCUUCUUGACUGGGUCCGCCGACCACUCGGUUCGCGUCACCUCCAUCAUCUAG